GCGCACGACCUGUGUCUGAGGGGGACCCCAAGGUUGACUCCCGCGGCCCGGGUCGACGUCACCUUGUACUACGAGGCGCUGUGCACGGGCUGCCGCAUAUUCCUGGUGCGCGAUCUCUUUCCUACCUGGCUGCUGGUGCUGGAGAUCCUCAACGUCACGCUGGUGCCCUACGGGAACGCCGUGGAGCAGAGUGUCAACGGGACAUGGGUGUUCAAGUGCCAGCACGGCGAGCGGGAGUGCAUGCUCAACAAGGUGGAGGCCUGCGUGCUGGACCAGCUGGAGCAAAACGCUGGCUUCCUGACGGUCGUCUGCCUGGAGGAGAUGGAUGACAUGGAGAAGAACCUGACACCGUGUCUGCAGCUGUACGGGCCGAACGUGACGGCGGACAGCAUCAUGGCGUGCGCCUCCGGGGAGCGCGGGACGCAGCUCCUGCACCGCAACGCGCAGCUCACGGACGCCCUGCAGCCGCCGCACAAAUACGUGCCCUGGGUCCUCGUCAACGGGAAACCUUUGGAAGACCCGAGCCAGCUCCUGAGUCUGGUCUGCCAGCUGUACCAGGGCCAGGACAAGCCGGACAUCUGCUCCUCCUUGGGCAGCACCCACAGGGAAGUCUGCUCCAGAUGAGGGCCAGGAGCCUGCGGGAGCCCACGGAGAAAGAACAAGAGCCCCACUGCCCCCUUCCCUCCUUUCCAUCUCCAAGCUCAGCAGAAACACCCCCUCAUGAAGAACUCCUACACAUCCCACAGAGCCCAUACCCAAAAUCCCCUCCUGUGUUCAAGAAUCUUGCCUCGAUGACAGUGGUGCUAAAUCAAAAUUCAUUUGAUAAAUAAUAAACCAUUUUGGCUGUUGUGAUUCAU